AUGGUGGAACCUAACGGCCUGGAUAUUAUGUGUCUGAACAAGUAUAGGAACAGCUCUUCGUCGUCGUCCAGCUCCGAGCAGGACAAGAAGAUUUUCAGCAAACUAAAACUCAGUUUGUCUGAAGACUAUCCAAAGAAGAACGCGGAGUUCCUGAGCGGGCAAUACGGGACCAAUCUGCUGCUGAUCGGGGCUGCGUUGAUGCUUGCCAUUGCAAACAAGAACCCCUCCGUUAAAGAAGAGGAUCUGCGGUCCUUCACUACCUGCCUCAUGAUCCUCCAGCUGCUCUGGAUGAUGUGGUACAUCUUGGUGCGGGACAGGCAAAAGAGCGCACCGCCAGAAAAAGAUGUACACGCCACCUCAGGCUGGAUAAGAGGUGGUUUGACACUCCUUGCACUUCUUUCACUGAUUAUGGAUGCUUUCCGAAUUGGGCAGUAUGUUGGUUUUCAGCCUUGUGUGUCGGCGGUGCUCGUGGUAUUUCCUGUCAUCCACGCAACUCACACUAUGGCACAGGUGCAUUUUCUCUGGUUUCACAUCAAGGAUGUCAUCAAGAGCUUUGAAACAUUUGAGAGAUUUGGUGUAAUCCAUGCAGUCUUUACCAACAUCCUCCUGUGGUGCAGUGGUGUGAUGUCAGAGGCUGAACACUUCUUGAACAACCACAAGAGAAGACUUUCUGCCCUGGGUCUCAUAAACCUCACUACAGAGUACUCAGAACCACAGUGUAACUGCACCACCAGCACAUGCUCCAUGUUUGCCACCAGCCUCUACUAUCUCUACCCCUUCAAUAUUGAAUACCACAUCUUUGUUUCUGUCUUGCUUUUUGUGAUGUGGAGAAAUAUUGGGCGCACCAUUGACCUCACUUCAAACCAUAAAAGGCAGGUUGGCAAAAACCCAGGCUUGAUCUUAGGUCCUCUUGUGGGUCUACUUGCCCUGGCCAGUACUAUCGGGAUACUGGUGGUCUAUGUUACUCAUGUAGAGAAGUCAAUCCAAAUGCGAAGAUCAGCCGUUUCCAUGUUCUAUAUUUAUGCCAUUGUCAUGCUGACGGUCAUGUGCAUCGCCGGUGCUUCGGGUCUGCUCAUAUACCGAGUGAACCACAUGCCGCUGGACACCUCCAAGAACCCGUCAAGACAGCUAGAUGCGGAGGUGCUGUUUGGAUCCUCCAUUGGCUCCUGGCUCAUGUCAUGGUGCAGCAUAGUGUCUGUGCUAAGCACCGAAAGCAACCCUCCUUACCGCUGGACAAAUUUAGUCUACUCUCUGUUUAUUGUGUUGGAGAAAUACGUCCAGAAUCUGUUCAUCAUAGAGUCUUUGUAUCGCCAGCAAGAGGAUGGAGAGAGGCAGGACCCAGAGUUACCAGCUGCUCCAGAAGUCUUCUCGGUCACUUCCUCUCUCGCUCCGCCGUACAAUGGCAUCAUCAACCGAACUUUUGAAUCACCAGACAGGAGCUGUGUCACAACUGAGAGCGAGCAGGAGGAGAGUGAGCAGGUGUACGGAUGCCCACGGAAACUUUCAGAUGUGCCAGCACCUGUGGGAAACGAAACAGUGGAACGCCCAAAUAUAAAGAGGCAGAUCCUGAAGAAUAUUGCCGUUUUCCUUAUUAUGUGUAACAUUUCGCUGUGGAUUCUUUCUGCCUUUGGCUGCAGGCCACAGUACGACAACGGACUGGAAGAGGAGACAUACGGCUUCAGCAUAUGGAGCACAGUUCUCAAUUUUGCCAUCCCUUUGAACCUUUUCUAUCGCAUGCAUGCAGUCGCCUCCCUCUUCGAGGUGUUCUCCCGAGUCUGACAAAAUAGCAGAUGACUGACAAU